AUGGAGUCCCCGCCGGUCUCUCUGAGAACCCUCUGCUUACUCUGCUGCCUGAGCUCAGUUUUCGGCUUUGGAGUGGACCCAUCCUUGCAAAUCGACGUGCUGAGCGAGUUGCAGCUGGGGGGUUCCGUGGCCGGAGUGCUGCAAGUCCCCGGACUGCACAACGGGAGCAAAGCCUUCUUCUUCCAAGGUACUUCAAGAAGUGUAAAAGCAACUCCAGAAAAAGCUGAACAAUUUUUCCAGAAGCUAAGAAAUAAACAUGAAUUCACAAUUUUGGUGUCACUCAAACAAACACGCUUAAAUUCAGGUGUUAUUUUUUCUGUUCACCAUUUAGAUCACAGGUACUUGGAACUAGAGAGCAGCGGCCAUAGAAAUGAAAUUAGAUUGCACUAUCGUUCAGGAAGCCAUCGCUCACAUACGGAAGUGUUUCCUUACAUUUUGGCAGAUGACAAAUGGCACAGGCUGUCUUUAGCAAUCAGUGCAUCGCACUUGAUUUUGCAUGUAGACUGCAAUAAAAUUUAUGAGAGAGUGGUGGAAAAGCCCUUUAUGGAUUUACCUGUUGGCACUACAUUUUGGCUUGGACAAAGGAAUAGUGCCCAUGGCUAUUUUAAGGGUGUAAUGCAAGAUGUGCAAUUACUUGUCAUGCCUCAAGGAUUUAUCUCUCAGUGCCCAGAUCUUAAUCGCACAUGCCCAACAUGUAAUGACUUCCAUGGACUCGUACAGAAAAUUAUGGAGCUGCAAGAUAUUUUAGCCAAAACUUCUGCAAAGCUGUCCCGAGCGGAGCAGAGGAUGAAUAGACUGGACCAGUGCUAUUGCGAAAGAACCUGUACUGUGAAGGGUGCCACCUACAGAGAAUUUGAUUCGUGGACAGAUGGCUGUAAGAACUGCACGUGCAUGAAUGGCACUAUCCAGUGUGAAGCACUGAUAUGCCCACAUUUUGACUGUCUUCAUAAUUCUGCUCCUGCAUAUGUUGAUGGAAAGUGCUGCAAGGAAUGCCAACCAAUAUGUGUGUUUGAAGGUAAAACCUACUUUGAAGGUGAAAGAGAAACUGUACAUGCAAACUCAGGGGAUUGCAUUCUGUUUGAAUGCAAGGACUACAAAAUGCAACGUUUGAUGAAAUCAGAUUGCCCUGCCUUGAACUGUCCUGAGUCUCAGCAAAUCUCCUUAUGUAAUAGUUGCUGCAAAGUCUGCAAAGGCCACAACUUUUGCUCUGAGGGACACAAGUGUUUGGAGAAUUCUUUCUGCAGGAACCUUGAAGACAGGGCUGUCUGCAGCUGCCGAGAUGGUUUCCGAGCCCUUCGAGAGGACAAUGCAUACUGUGAAGAUAUUGAUGAAUGUGCUGAAGGGAGGCAUUAUUGUCGGGAGAAUACCAUGUGUGUAAACACACCAGGAUCAUUCAUGUGCAUCUGCAAAACAGGUUACAUCAGGAUUGAUGACUACUCAUGUACUGAGCACGAUGAAUGCCUCACAAACCAGCACAACUGCGACGAAAACGCACUUUGUUUCAACACUGUGGGAGGUCACAAUUGCAUUUGCAAGCCAGGCUAUACUGGAAAUGGCACUGUGUGCAAAGCUUUUUGCAAAGAUGGUUGUAGAAAUGGUGGAGCCUGUAUUGCUUCCAAUGUCUGUGCAUGUCCACAGGGAUUCACAGGUCCAAGCUGUGAAACUGACCUAGAUGAAUGUUCAGAUGGCUUUGUUCAAUGUGACAGCCGGGCUACCUGCAUUAACCUACCUGGAUGGUACCAUUGUGAGUGCAGGGAUGGAUACCACGACAAUGGCAUGUUUUCACCUAGUGGAGAGUCAUGUGAAGACAUUGAUGAAUGCGCAACCGGGAGGCACAGCUGUGCCAACGACACAAUUUGCUUUAACUUGGAUGGUGGCUAUGACUGCCGGUGCCCACACGGAAAGAACUGCACAGGAGACUGUAUCCAUGAAGGCAAGAUCAAACACAAUGGACAAAUUUGGGUGUUAGAGAAUGAUAGGUGCUCUGUCUGCUCCUGCCAGAGUGGAUAUGUGUUGUGUCGACGAAUGGUCUGUGAUUGUGAGAAUCCAACUGUUGACUUAUUCUGCUGUCCUGAAUGUGACCCAAGGCUCAGUAGUCAAUGUCUACAUCAAAAUGGGGAGAUCUUAUACAAUAGUGGAGACACCUGGGUGCAAAACUGUCAACAGUGCCGAUGCUUGCAGGGUGAAGUUGAUUGUUGGCCUUUACCUUGUCCAGAGGUGGAGUGUGAAUUCAGUGUACUCCCUGAGAAUGAGUGUUGCCCUCAUUGUGUCACUGACCCCUGCCAAGCAGACACAAUUAGGAACGAUAUCACCAAGACUUGCCUGGAUGAAACAAAUGUGGUUCGCUUCACUGGAUCUUCUUGGAUUAAGCAUGGCACAGAAUGUACCCUCUGCCAAUGCAAGAAUGGUCACGUUUGUUGUUCAGUGGACCCACAGUGCCUUCAGGAACUGUGA